AUGUGUUUACAGAAGUAGUUCCUCCCCUUUUUAGUAGGACAGCGAAAUUGCAGUUUGUGUGUCAUCAUGUUGUUAUUAAUAAAUACUUAUAAAGAACAUAGCUAGGAACAACACAUUUUCUACACAUGUUGUAAUAUUAAACAAGUCAGUCUAAAAGUAACGUGUUCUCUUGAUAACCAUCGAGUUUGCCACAACGUUUGAUGCGUUAGUAGCUAGUUAGCUACUUACAAUAGCUAGCAGUAACGUUAGCUAGCUAGCUUGUGUUGAUGUUUAGCCUAGUUUUAUGGAACGUGAACAACAGUUGAAGGGUGUGCUGGAAUAGCGAAUUCCCCCAUAUAUACCAUCUGCCUCUGUGGGGAAGCAGAUCACCAUGAACUGCCGUUCGGAGGCUCUAGAAGUGUCGGUGGAGGGAAGACAGGUGGACGAGGCCAUGUUGGCUCUGUUGCACACUAUCUUAUUGCAUCGCAGCACUGGGAAAUUUCACUACAAGAAAGAGGGCACCUACUCSAUUGGUACUGUUGGCACACAGGACAUUGACUGCGACUUUAUUGAUUUCAGUUUUGUUCGUGUUUCUUCCGAUGAGCUUGACAGGGCCAUCAGGAAAGCAGUAGGAGAAUUCAAGGAUGCCAUGGGCAAUGGGACGGAUGGAAUGGGACAAAUCUCACUGGAGUUCUARCAGAAAAAAAAGUCCCGCUGGCCUUUCUCUGAUGAGUGUAUUCCCUGGGAGGUCUGGAGCAUCAAGGUCAAUGUCGUUAACCUGGCCAACGAGCAGGAGAGACAGAUCUGCCGGGAGAAAGUGGGCGAGAAGCUGGGUGAGAAGGUGAUCAACAUCGUGGAGGUGAUCAACCGGCACGAGUACCUACCCAAGAUGCCCACCCAGUCAGAAGUGGACAAUGUGUUCGACACCAGCCUCAAAGAUGUCCAACCUUACCUGUACAAAAUCACUUUUCAGAUCACUGAUACGCUGGGCACCUCAGUGAGCACCACCAUGAGAAGGCUAAUAAAAGACACCUUAGCACUGUGAGGGCACCUCAAAAUGAUGUGCAUCUUAAAACAUGGCUGUGGGUAGCCUGGUUCCAAAUCGUUUGGGCUAUCUUGUCAACUCUUAUGGUUGGGAUCAUAGGAUGACCAUAGAAGUUGGCAAGAAAACACAAACAGAUCUGGGACCAGGCUAAAUUGUGGGCCUUAUUGACUAUGAGAUGUAAUUGCUUCAUUGACAUGGGCAUUUGCAGGCCCAUGGGUAUUUGCAGGCCCAUGGGUGUCUUAACUAUUAGUUAGUAUGCUAGAAGUACAACCACCCAAUGUCUAAUCAGAAAGUAAAAUCACUUUAUUUAUUUUUAUUUUUUUAUUUACCUUUAUUUAACCAGGUAGGCUAGUUGAGAACAAGUUCUCAUUUACAAC